AUGUCCAAGACACUCCUCCACCACGCCAAAAUCACCCCCCACCGGUCGUCUGCCCGGGGCCACUCGGACCACGGCUGGCUGAACACCUACCACUCCUUCUCCUUUGCGGGAUGGUACAACCCAGACUUCACCCAAUUCGGCGCCCUUCGCGUGCUCAAUGAAGACCGCGUCAAGGCCCGGUCGGGCUUCCCCACACAUCCUCACCGGGACUACGAGAUCUUCAGCUACAUCCUCUCCGGCGAGCUGACCCACCGAGAUUCCAUGAUACGCAAGGAUGACGAGAGUAGCCAGGGAGACAAGUUCUACCGCAUGCACCGCGGCGACGUGCAGUUCACCACGGGAGGCACUGGCAUCGCGCAUAGCGAGAUGAACGAGCACUCCAAAGACACAGUGCACUUCCUGCAAAUCUGGGUCUCGCCUUGGCGGCGCGGCCUGCCGCCUACCUACCAUACAAAGCACUUUGACGAGGAUCAGAAGCGGAAGGGCUUUGUCCCUAUCCUGAGCCCGCUCAAGGCCGGAGUCGACGCGAGUGCAGUGGAUGAGAAGGCGGCCGAGCCUGUCAUCCCCAACACGAUACCCAUCCAUGCAGACUUCGCCAUGGGGGCAGGCAUCAUUGCCCCCGAAUCGACGUUUGAGUGGACUGUCGGAGCCAAAGCCACGACAGCAACCAAGAGAAAAGUAUUCGUUCAUCUACCCAUGACCAAAGGCGGCAAGGCGAGUGUCCGUCUGGAUGGUAGAGACGACGCGGUCCUGCUUGAAGGCGACGGCGCCUUUGUUGAUGCAGUCAAGGCUGGCGACAAGCUCUUGGUCGAGAGCAUUGGUUCGGUCGAGGCAGAGGUCGUCGUCCUGGAUACCGCCUAG